AUGGCGGUCACCGGCCAGAUCGUUUCACUGGUUCUCGCUCUUCUCGUCGCCACCGCCAUCGCUCAGGCUCCUGCACCAGCCCCCAAGGCCACCCCACCGACGCCGCCUGCUCCCGUUCCAUCGCCUUCAACUCCGCCGGUCAAGCCUCCAUCUCCAUCUCCAUCGGUAACACCUCCAUCUCCAACACCUUCUCCCGCCUCCCCCACCCCCACACCCUCUCCUUCCGCCACCCCUCCAUCCCCCCCAGUAGCACUCCCUCCGCCUCUCCCCAUCCCUCCCUCCCCCCCACCCUCCUCCCCUCCAGCGGCCCCGGAGCAUCCCUCCUUCUUCUCCAACACCCCCUAG